AUGACUUUCGUUGGCGUGCCCAAGGCAGGGAGGCUUUUGCUCAUUGUGGCUUCUCAAGACUUGAAACCGGGUUGGUCGCAAUCCAAAGCCUCGAAUCCCGUCGAAAUCGUUUCCAUCUUGCCGUCGACUUCGAUAUCCGUAAGAACCGCGACGAUGAACAAUCAAGGCCAGCCUGGUCAGGCCGCCGCCGGUCAAACCGUGCCGAGUGCACGACAGCCACCCAUGUAUCGACCCGAGAUGAUGCGAAACCUUCCCAUCCUGAACGACGAAGAGAAGCAGAAGUACGAGAGAGGGUUGCGCCAGCUAUGGAAUCACUACGAGACGCACCCUGAGGAGUCCGCUCAACACCAAGAUGCCAAGAAAAAGAUCCAGGACUUCACUAAAAUGCUGCUUAACAAACUCCAGCAACGCCGCAUGCAGGUCCAGCAACAACAGCAGGCACAACAGCAAGCCGCCCAGCAGCAGCAACAGGGUGGUCAACAGGCUCAGCAGCAACAGAGUCAGCCUGCGCAGCCAGCGGCGCCCACGCAACAAGCCCAGCCGGCUCAGCAACAAGCACCGGCCGCCGCUGCCAGCCAGGCGAACGUCGGAGGCGUUACCAUCAAGACCGAACCAAAGACCGAGAACACCACGACGACGACGGCGGCAGAGCCUGCGCAUGCUCCCACGCCCGCGCCUGCUCCAGCGGCGGCGGCGCCAACCCCCACGGCACCACAGCAGGCGCCGCAGGCGACGCAGUUUCCGGAUCACAUUCUGGCCCAUAUCCGACAGAUGACCUUCAACCCGCCUCAGGGGAUCCUGGAUAAAGGCCAGGAGGCGGCUGCCCGAUGGUCUAAUGACUUCAAGGCCAAAUACCUGAGGGCUCUAAUGCAGAUGGAUCAGCAGGGAAUCCAGAUAAGGCGGAUCGAUGCGCACGUCAAGAAUCAGCAAGAAAAGGGUGCGCUGGGUACAGACGAAGCAAAGCAGCUUCAAAUCAGGAGAGAUCAUGCUCAAAAGAUGCACACCGAGGCCCAGACCUUUGUCCAGAAUUUUAGAAAAUCUCAGGAAGGUAUCAACAAGGCGAGGGCGGCAGUGGCAGCAGCUGCCGCGGCGGGGCAGACUGCAGCAAGUGCGAGCGCGGCGGCUGCACAACAACGACCGCCUUCUCAGCAGCAGCAGCAGCAGCAAAACAGCCCAGCCGUCGCGGCAUCACAACCUCCCUCGACGCAGCCUGGUGGUGCUCAAGCAAGCCCAGCACCGACUGCCCAAGGCACACCGGCCACACAAAAUGCUCAGAACCCCACCACAGCAGUGAAUGCCGCGAUCGAGGCAGCUAAGAACCAGCAAAUGACCGCCGCAGCCGCCGCAGGUCAAGGCACCCCCCCUCAGCAGCAACAACAGCUGCCUCAACAACAUCAGCAACAAGCACAACAGCAACAGCAACAGCAAUUGCAGCAACAACAGCAGCAGCUCCGACAGCAACAAAUUCAACAACAGCAGGCUCAGGCUGCGGCUCAGGCUGCGGCUUCCUCUGCCGCGACACCGACUACGUCCCAAGCACCCCAAGCUCAACAGCCCAUGGCUUCUGCACCGCAGCAAACCAUGAAUCAAGGCCAACAUCACCCUCCUCCCGUAAACACUGCCAUCGCAUCGGUCUCUGCAGGUGGGGGACUCCCCUCGGCAGGCACACCCACUCAGCGCGUCGCGACUCCCCAUCAUUCGGCCGCCACGUCAGUUCCUGUUCAGCAAGCCACGGGUACUCCUGGCUCAGCCGGCGCACACGCUCAGGUUCCGCAACAACAACACGCGCAUCCGACACAGCCAACUCAGACCUUGCAGUCUAAACUUCCAAUUCCUAAGCAGCUCCCGGAAAAGGCCACUUCUGUGCCUCAACCCGUUGCGAUGGCGGGCGGUGCUGGCGCUGGACCUGGAGGUGUCAUGGGCCAGCCCGCGAUCUCAAAGAUCCCCGCAUACGUUCAUGAGGCCGAGGGCGAUCACGUCUGCGGCGGAAAUGCCGAGGGCCAGGAGAUCAACAUGUUGACUCCCGAAGUUGAAGAGAGUGUCCUGGCCAUGGCAGACAGCUUUGUCGACAACGUUCUGGAGACGGCUUGCCGUAACGCCAAAGAGCGAGGCUCAAAGGUCCUUGAGAUUCGCGACAUUCAGCUCGUCCUGGAACGCACUUACAACAUCCGCGUCCCUGGUUACUCCUCUGAUGAGCUUCGCACCGUGCGUAAGAUCCAGCCCUCGACUGCCUGGAUCACCAAGAUGAGCGCCAUCCAAGCGGCCAAGGUCACCUCGGGUAAGGGCGAGUAG